UCAGGCCAAGUCUUCCUACUACGCCUGCUAAAUUAGGUUAUUGGUUUAGGCCCAAGGUGAACUCAGGAAGAGUCUGCAAUCGCAUGACAGAAGCAUCAAGCAAAGCUAGCUAUUGUCACAAACUCUUCGAUCAGGCAUUCUGUCCUUUUAUCAAGCAUAUCAUAAGAUGACUGACAAAGAGGAGGUGACUGGUGCAGGUGAUAACCCUCAGAUGAUUCUAACAGGGAAGAAGUCAGGGAAAGCAUCGCUGCUGGACAGUGGGGAAGACUUUGAGAUGUUGGAUGAUGAUGAAAUUGAUGAUGACCCUCCUCCUUUGGAAGAUGCUGGGGGUGGGAAGAAGACUAAAAAGGAGCCUGCAGAGGACCAAAAUGCUAGCCCUUCAUCUCUAGGAGAUGAGUGGAUGGAUAUACUAGGUAAUGGCCAGCUAAGGAAGAAAGUUCUGCGGGCAGGGAAUGGGCCAGACAGCAGGCCCACAAAAGGCCAGAAUGUCGUGAUUCACCUGAAGACUUCACUGGCUGAUGGGACUCUUCUAGAAGAGCAACCGGAGCUGUCUUUCACUCUGGGAGAUGGUGAUGUCAUCCAGGCUCUGGAUCUCACAGUGCAGCUCAUGGAAAUGGGGGAGACAGCCCUCGUCCAAGCCGAUGCUAAAUAUGCAUAUGGUGCCCUGGGGAGCCUUGCCCCUGAGGUGCUUCCCAGUGCUGAUCUGGCCCUGGAGGUACAGCUGCUGGAUGCCACUGAGGCCCCCGACCUUGAGCUCCUCUCCCCCCAGGAGAGGGUUGCCCUGGCUGGGCAGAAGAGGGAGAGGGGGAAUGUCUACUACCAGAGAGGAGACUACGCCUUCGCUGUAAACUCUUAUGGCUUUGCCCUGCAGAUCACAGAGUCCAGCUCUAAAGUGGACAUUAGCCCGGAGGAAGAGGAUAAGCUGAUGGACAUUAAGGUGAAGUGUCUAAACAACAUGGCAGCUGCCCAGCUCAAGUUGGAUCACUACGAAGCAGCACUACGGUCCUGUGUUUCAGUGCUGGCCCACCAGCCAGACAACAUCAAAGCCCUAUUCCGCAAAGGCAAGGUAUUGGCCUUGCAAGGAGAAUAUGCUGACGCUAUAAGGAAUUUGAAGAUGGCCCUGAAGUUGGAGCCAAGCAACAAGUUCUUUCUGACAUCCACCAGGUGGUGCCACAUUCUCUAAUAUUGGUGAUGAAGGAAACCAGGUGGACUGCAGACUCAUCAUUUUGGUGGAUCUGAUUUCGUGUUGUUGCUGUAAAUAGGUUGGUUUAUCGAUGCCCAGGUGAUAUCUAAGCAUUGCUUAGACAUGUUGCUCCCUGCACAGGGAGAACCAGGGCGAACCACAGCGCGUUUGCUACUUGGACCAUCUGCAUGUUAAUACUUAACACUCAUGACCCCCCCCAUCCCACUCACUCCUGUCGCCUCAGUAUUUUUUCAGUCCAACACACCAAUGUGAAAUCAUGCUCUGACAGAAUGCCUUGUACAAUUGUCCCAUACAGUUUUUUUUCUUCUUCUUGGACACUAAUGUAGUGCAUGAGUGUGUUGGGCUGGUAGUUGUUCAUAUGUUGACAUUUUCUAUUAGCAUUAGACAAGCUCUUGCAUUCUGAACUGGGCUGCAGGGUGCACCACAGAGUUGGUUACACCAUCUCAAGUGUGGCUGCCUGGGAAUGUUUAUUGUGGUGUUUUUGCUGAAGUGUUUUAGAUUAGGAGCAGUAAACCAUUUACAAGUAGAAUCUCAAUGGUCCAGAUUAGAAGAUUGCAUAUUUAUAUGCAAAAAUUGUGGUCCACUCCCUACUUUUAAUUUGAAGGAUGUUAGGGUUUUCUUGUCUGAAUUCAUUAAUUUAAUGAACACAAUUUGCCUUUAUCUUCUCAAUACAAACGUUUUUGUAAAAUGGGGAAAGAUGACAAGAACUGCAGCAGUUAUGUAAUUUCUGUCCUCAAACAUUACUAUUGUCUACAUGACCAAAAGUAUCGGCUGAUUUGAACAUGGGAAUGCCAAGGGGGGCCCUGUAGAAACCUGAUAUUGUGAAGCACCCAUUUAAUCUUGUCAGCAGUGGGAGAUGAAACCCUAAGAGCGGAGACUUACCCAAACUCUACCCUCCUCUGUCCACAACACAGUGCUUGUAAGUGGCUCCUUGGAAGCUGUAAUGGACAUUUUGGCCAGUACUGUGAAAAUGUCCUAAAUUUCCCACUCACAAACCCUUGAGACGAAUGACUAAGACUUGAUAUGAGGGGGCUGCCUCAUGCAGGGAAGCUGUUAACUUACUACCCUUUUGUUGGCUGGAUUUGUAUUGGCACGAAUAUUCAUUUUACAAUAGCAUCAAUUGCUAAUAAUCAAGUCACCUGCAGUUACAGAACACCUGACUAUUAUGGUGCAUAGGGAAUGGGUUGUCAUCAGUGAGUGUGUUUUUAUAUACACAGGCUAUGUGAUUGUGGGAAGGGGGUAGAGUAGUACGCCUGCAGCUUAUUCUCACACUUUGCUGUCUCCUGGGGUAGACCAUCUACUCAGAACUCUCCAAGCUGGUGAAGAAGCACUCUGAGCAGAAAGGCGCCGAGCAGGCCAUGUACAAGAAGAUGCUAGGCAACCCAGGCAGUGGUGGCAUGCAGAAACACCAGGCCAGGUCAUCAUGG